UAUCGUCUUUCUUUUUUUUUUGGUCAAUCUAAAUUUGUGAUUAGUUAAUUUGAUUCAAUUGAAUAUGGGUCUAAGUAAACGGAAGCGAUCCAAGUCCCCUUCGAAACCAUUGGAGCUGGAAACGGCCAAAAUCGGCUUCAUUGGGGCCGGUAAAAUGACCGAAAGUUUGGUCAAUGGUUUCAUCGAUUAUGGUAAAGUGGACAAGAAGCGUAUCUUUAUUGCCGCUCCGACCGAAAAAAAUACCGUUCGUUUCAAGGAGAAAGGUUGUAAUGUCACCAAGCGUAAUUACGAUAUUUUCGGUAAAUUUGAUUGUGAUGUUAUCUUCAUUUGCUGCCCUGGUUCCGUUGUUCUUGACUGUCUUCGAGAUCCUAAAAAACCCCAAGCUCUUUGUACUAACUUUAUCCCGUUGACCAAUAAGGAUAAAUACAUCUUCUCACUUGUGUCCGGUGUCAAGUUGACCCAAUUGUCGGCUACUCUUCUUAAUCCUGAUCAUAAGGGUAAAUACAUUCUUGAGAUGCACCGGAUUGUAAUUAAUCCUGCCUGUGCCUAUGGAUUGGGUAUUUGUGCCAUCGAUGUUGAACCAGAUUCAAAUAAAUUGUCCGCUUCCUUACGAACCCUUCUAUCGACCAUAUCUAAACUUGAAUAUGUCCCAGAGGAGCAAAUGGAUGCCGCUUGUGCUAUUUGUGGUGCUGGUUUGGCCUUUGUUUACUGUUUCAUCAAGGCAAUGGCGGAUGGUGCUCUAAAAGCUGGACUUGAUCGUAAUAUUGCCAUCAAAUUUGCGGCCAAAACACUCCAAUGUGCCGCUCAGUCGCUUCUUGAAACAGGUAAACAUCCAGGGGAACUCAGAGAUCAUGUCUGUUCACCUCGAGGUCCAGCAAUUGAAGGUAUUAACAAGAUGAACAAUCUUGACCUUAACGGUUCCAUCAUCUCGGCCGUUGAAAAGUCCAAAGAGUUUGCGGAUAAAAAUCUAAUCAAAAGAAUCUAAAACAAUAGAAUAAAAGAAAAUAACAAACAAAGAAAUUAAUUCUAUUGGAAUUAAGAAAUCAUAUCAAUUGUGUUACUCUUAACAAGAGAAGAAAAAAAAAUUUUAUAUUCCCUAAACUCUAAUUUCCAAACUCAAUUCGUUAAUUGUUUCUCCUCUUUUCUUGUUCCCUCUUUUUAAUUGUU